AUGGGUCCGUUUGCAACAUGGGCUGCUCAUAGGAGAAACACAAUAAAGGAACUGCAAAAUUUAGCAAAGAACAUGAAAUUCCAUGCAGGAAAUGCCAAGAAAGCCUCUGCUGUUGGUACUGGAACAAGCAUCGUUACAGGAGCCGGCGCUGCCGUUUGCUUCUUUGCAGCACCUUUUACGUUUGGUGGUUCUCUAAUUCCUGCCACGGCACUGGGUGGUGUAUCCAUUGCUGGUGCAGCCACAUCCGUUGGUUCAUCAGUAGUAAACUUCAUCAUCGAGAAAUGUCAUAUGAGUGAUGUCCAGUCCACUCUUGAUGCUGAUAGAGAAUCUCUUGAAAGACUAUUGAAAUAUGUAAAAGAAGCUAAAGCUAUAACAGUCGCUGAAGGUGCUGAGUAUGCCACGAAGAUCGGAAAAGCAGCUCCGGGUGGGAUCAAAUUAGGUGCAAACUUGAGCUUAAAAAUUGCUCAAAGGCUUGCUGUAUCAGAAAAAGUUGUAACAAUUUUAGUUAGACUUGGAAAGGUCGCUCGCUUUGCUGGUCAUGCUGCGACUCUACUUGCUCUUCCAUUGGACAUAAUUUUUUUCGUUAAAGACAUUCUAGACCUGAAAAACAACGACGUCUCUGCAGCUGCAGACAAAGUUCUAGAAUUGGCUAAACAACUUCAAUAUGAGUACGAAAAUAUAAUGUCAGAAAUUUAA